CCGCCUCAGGGCCAGCGCGGCGGCGCUCGGGGCCCGCUCGCACCGAGGCGUUCGUGCCGCUCCUCCGGCGCCGGAGCUCGGCCGGGGAGCGCAGCGGGCUCUUUAAGAAGCCCCCGUGCCGGUGGCUGUCGCCGGCUGCCAAGUGCGGGAGAAGCCGAGCUUUGCGGCGAAGCCCGAGCGUAACCAGCCGGCUGGGGGAGAUGCCGCCCCGCAGUGACUGACAGCAGGACCAGCUCUAUGCAAAUGGCGCCGGGGGCUCUGCCGGGGCUCUCUCCACACGCGCCGCCGCCUCUCGCCUCCCGCUCCCCGUAACGCGCCCUGCCUCGCACAAAGCAAUUGUUGCUUUUUUGGGGGGGACGUCGUUACACGUAAAAUCAUCUCCAGCACGGUUUCAGUUUGAGAUUGUGUGAGGGAGCUGGGAGAUGUGUCAGAGCUUGUUACUCCAGCUAAAUUAGGUAAUUUUUAGCUGGGUAACGUGCUAAUCUUUAAACCUUUAUGUUUUUAAAUCCUGCAUAUGUCUGGUCUCUUCAUACAAAAGUGUAUUUUGCUUGUUUCUUCUCGCCUUCUUCAGUCUGAAGCCUUAUGUAGGUCAGGCUUGGCUUAAGCAGAUUUCCUGAACCUGCGUCAGCUUAAGCUGAAGGAAUUUUAAUAAACCCUCCCUUGUAGGCGUGGGCCUAAAUGAGACUAGCCUAGUUAAGCCUGAUCUUUUUCUGUUUGUGAAAAAGAGCUGAGCAGAGCUAGGGACUGCAUGGUGGCUCCAGGAACGGCUUCCUUAAUUCAAAGAUAACAAUGGUUGGGAAGGCCAGAUCUUCUAAUUUUACCUUAUCUGAAAAGCUCGAUUUGCUAAAACUCGUGAAGCCGUAUGUUAAAAUUCUCGAGGAACAUACCAAUAAGCAUUCUGUAAUAGUGGAAAAAAACAAAUGCUGGGAUAUUAUAGCUGAUAACUACAAUGCCAUCGGAGUAGAUCGCCCUCCUCGUACUGCACAGGGCCUGCGCACGCUGUACAAGAGGCUCAAAGAAUAUGCCAAACAGGAGCUAUUGCAGCAAAAGGAGACUCACUCAGAUUGUAAAAGCAGCAUUUCCGAGCCAACCAAGAAAGUUGUGGAAAUGAUUCCACAGAUUUCCAAUGUGUGUUUAAGAGACAGGAGCGGUGUUCAAAGUGCUAGUAUCGAUAAAGAAACAAUUGCUGGUACCAGUUCACCACAGGCAAUGUUGGAUCACCAUCCUGCGACAGUCAUGAUGGACUUGCAGUCGGAAGAGGAUGUCAAACCUCCUCCUUCUCUGAUUAUAGACUCACAGCAAAAUGAGAACUUAGAGCAAGAGGAAGAACACCAGCUGGUGCACAUUAUGGAAAGGUCUCCUUCAACAUCGGUGUCUUCAGUUGAUAUGAGAGUGAUGAUGUCUCCUUCCCCUGUACCAAGAAGAGAUGAGUUUUUUAGGCUUGAGGUUGGAGAACGCUUUAGACCAAUGUGUGGUUAUGACCCACAGAUGUUACAAAUGCUGAAAGAGGAGCAUCAAAUAAUAUUAGAAAACCAAAGAAAAAUUGGUCUUUAUGUCCAAGAAAAAAGGGAUGGUUUGAAAAGAAAGCAGCAACUGGAAGAAGAACUGUUGCGAACAAAAAUCAAAGUAGAGAAGCUGAAGGCAAUACGACUACGUCGUGAUCUGCCAGAAUACAGCAAUAUCUAAAUGUUUUAUUACUUCUGUCAUAUUCUUUGAAAUACUUAAUAAUAAAUGCAAAAUUGUUUCUUAUGUCAAUAUGUAUGGAUCAAAAUCUGGGCUUGAGACAUGAAAGCAUACGUUGUUUAAGUACCUUAGAAAAAUAUCUCUUAUGGGUUUGAAUGCACCAACUUUUCUGGUCUAAAGUAUAGUCAAAUCCACUUUUAAGUAAUUAGAUUGAUAAAAAUCCAAACUUAAAAAAUAUUUCCACUUAUCUCUAGAGUUGUGAUGAGCUAAUGGAAAUUUAAUUCAGUUCUUGUUAAAAAUUUUGGUCAUUAUUUUUCAGUUCUUGGUUAAAAAUUAUGGUCAUUAUUUUUCAAAUAAUCACCUUUAAUAUCUUAAUGAAGUUGCAGGUAAAUAAAUGCAUAUAAGAAGGUGAAAUAAGAGGCCAUGUUUAAAUGUUUUAUUCUUUUAAAGUUGGUAAAUCUUAUGACAGUAGUGACAUUUUGCUGAUAUAUCAGCUUGGAAAACAAAAUUACUGGAUUGUUAUAUUUUUUUAAUGUUCAGUAGACAGUUGAAUAAAUGUGCAUCUUUUUAAAAUUAAUACUUUUUAACUGUUUCCAGUGGAGAAGUGUUUCCAUAGGAUGUUAUCAAAAUAGAGACAAUGAAUGCAACACUUGGUUUUUAAAGCUGCAUGCAUGUGUAAUUUGUGUGUACAGUUACCAUGAUUGUGUAUUCAGUUAUAGUAAUUAUACUGGUGAUCAGCCACAUAAAUAUCUACUUUGCUCAUUUGCAUGCAUAAUUACUGCAGUGCAUGUGCAACCAAGACAGUUGCAGGUGCCUUUGAUCAAUAUCACUCUGACUAUAAGCUACUGAAAUAAAAUAGUUUCUGUAUGUAAGUAACAUGUGACUUGAAAUCAACAGAAGAUUGUAUUAUUCUGGGUCCCUUUUAUAGAUCCUGUUGUUCCGAUCUUUCCAUUAGUUUCAAAUAAAAAGCCCCAAAUGAAAACAAAAUUGAUUCUUCUGUCUGUCCUGGUAGCAGCUGUUUCCUCUGUAGUUAUGAUCAAUUUUAAUAACUGGAAGAAAAAUACAUGAAAAAUAUCAGUCCCAGAUGAUUAAUUUCUUCAUAAUUCUUAGUCUCCUGCCUCUUGUGAAUAGAUCCACAGCUGCCUUAGACCUCUGGCUCCUUAUUCCCUGUAACAAUGCUUUCCCCUUCCUCUAACCUUUACAGUAAGAAAAGGAAAUGAAGGACAGCAUCAAGGAAAAAGACAGAACAAAGAAAAUGUAAUUCCUCUGGUGCCUCCUAUUUCAGAGGGCCCCAACAACAGAAUGAACAAAAGCAAUAGGAAAGAGGCUAUUUCUUCCUCACCCCUGUCAUCACUGUUUUCCAAAAUUUGUUUCUUUCUCCACUCCCACAAACCUCUGCAUGCAAGCAUGGGGUAGUGGUCUGCAUCAGCAGACUCUCUAAUGAGGUAAGCCUCACACCUUGUUACUCUUCUGAGUAAAUCAGAUACCACAGGGGUAGGUACCUAGUGAAAACUGAAGACUGGAAGCAUGUAAGUGUACUUGAGGAGCUAAUGGAGAUUAAAGAAUUGUAGUUAAAUUUUGUGAUAUAAUAAUCUUUACUGUCACUGCCCAGGAUAACUUUAACAAGUUUCAGGUAGGAAAAAUAAAGGGAAGCAAGUCUUUUAUUUAUAAACUGAGGAAUGCUAUAGAACAGUGAAAACAGGUCUUGACAAUCUGGAGUUCCUCAAAACUUUUUCAGUUGUUUUCUUGAGAAGAGAGUACUGUAAGUAUUCUGGGAAUUUUUGUGUGUACUGAAAAUGAUGAUGCCUGGAUAAGUGGCCUUUGUUCCAGUACAGUCCUUGGCUUUCUGCUGUGUUUCUUAGUUCAGGGACAUUGAUCUGUUUUCGUGUAGCUGGAAAUGCUUCAAGGAGAUACUUCUCCGAGUUUACAAGAAUCAAAAUGCUGACUUUUAUAAAUAAAUAUAGAUUUUAUUUGUUCUGCUUCUCAGAAAUGGAAACAGCACUAAAUUAUCUGUACUUGUCUUGUAAUUUGGAAAUGUAUGAUCUUAUUCUUUCAGUUGAAAAUCAGAAUUCUGGUUUCUAGUGGUAAGGAAUUAAUUUCUAGUUUCUUUUCUUAUAUCGUAUGCAAAUGAGCAAGUUUUUAACAGUUCACAAAAUAAUUCCCAUAUGGCUCAUUGUCUUGCAGUGGUUUUGAAUUAUAGGUACUCUUAACACUGGCCAUCAAAAUGCUCUGGAGACUUUAGGAUGUUUUCUUCUGUUGCUAUAUGAAAAGAGUUUCUACUAGCAUGGUAUUUUUAUUUCAAUGACUAGAACUAGAGGAUUUUUCAGUCUUGGAAAGCUUAUAGUCUUUUCUCAACUGGCAGGCAAAUUUGUUGCAAAAAUAGGACCCUGCAUAGAGCAAAGUCUCCCUUGUGUUCUUGAUGUUGGAAAGGGAAGGAUGCAAAUGAGUGAAGAAAUAAAAUGCGCUUAUAGUCGGUGUUCUUCCAUGUUUCAUUGUUCUGACUUUGUGUCACUUGUUAGUGGAAGACUUUUGUUCUUAUCUGCAAGCAGCACCUCUAGUUCAGAGAUCUCAUGCUUCUCAUUUGCUGUGCUCUCAGUUUUGUUUCUUUUGACUUUUGGGGAGCUUGGGAUAUGGGGAGACAUCUCUUGAGUGCCCAUGGAGCUCUCUCCUUCCUUUGCUAGUGAGAUGAUUAUUUCUUUUCACUAGAGAAGUGUUUCCUCCUUCAGUGCCAUUAUAUUGCCCUCUCAGUUCAGUGUGGUGCUGACUAUAUCUUACACCUCUCUGUGUUUGUGGAUUUGCAUUUCUUUCCCACUCCACAUCUGCUUUGCAGUAUCAGGUUAUCUUUCUGAGUCAGACUUCUCACUUCUCCGUGCCUGUUCCUGUUUUUUUCCAUGUAUUCCUAAUGUUGGGUACAUGCACCACAGCUGUGGCUGGUCCUUCUGGACCAUGAGAUGCUAUGAUUUUUUUCUGUUCCAGCAAAUGAUACUGUGCUAGCAUGUGUGAAAGGGAUGGUAGGAAGCCCUUCCCUCCUUCACCCUCAUUCUUAUCCUCUUACUCCCUUUGCUACAUCUGGCAGUGCCAUUCCCUGUCUGCAUGUUUAUAAUGUACAGAGUACAAGCAAAGUAAUUUUAGGCAAGGACAAAUUUCUACCAUAUGUUCAUGUCCUUCUACUAAGAUAACUGCAAUAAACAGGCUGUAGGAGUAACUUAAUUCCAAACAUCUAAUGGAUUUAUGUGUAGGAUUAGAAUAAAAAAAUUGUACCUAUGAUAACUUUGUGAUAAUUGUGAUAGCAUCUUGUGUAAUUUCAUUUAUCCAAAUAACUGGUUAGCAAUCAGUCUAUAAUUUCACUGCUGCUACCUAAUUAUCUUGCUUUUUUGGUUCCUACUCCCCCCUGUAAGCUUUUGAUUCCUGUGGAAUGCUUCCCUUAGAUGAGAAUUCUUAUCAGGUAAAAAUGGUAAGAGAGAACACUCCAAGACUGGGAGAGAUUGCUUGUAGCUAAUUGUACUUGUGGUACCCCUGUUUUCUAAUAUUUUCCAUUUAACUAGCUUAAAUUUAUUUCUUUCAUUUAUACUUCUACACAUUUUCUGACUUGGGAUUUUUCCCCCCCUGCAAUGAAAAUGGAUAAACUUGAGCUUGCAUACUGUCUUCUUUGGGCAAACUUGUGCUGACUUGAUUUCCAAUAGUUAAACCCAUUAAGUUCCUUACAAUUAAAUGACAGUUGUUUCUGAGUGGGAGGAAGAAAUAAGAAAUUGUGCUACCCAGACUGCCUGGCUAAGCUGUCUUUUAAAAUUUCCUACAUCUUUUUUUUAAGCGCUUUAGGAUGCUCCCAUGUCAAUUUUAACUUCACUAAAACAAUAAAACUGUUACUAAAGAAGAUGAUAAAGUAUUGUUUUCCUAAGAUGUUGAUUACUUUUCCAUUUUGCUUAUGAAAAUAAAAGGAAGCCUCUAAAAAGAACACUUCUAGCAUUAAAUUGCAUUAAGUUCAGCUUCUCAGUGUGUAUUCCUAACAAGUAAGGCCGUUAUUCUGUUUUCAAUAUCCAGGUCUUAAAUAAUUUGAGAAAUCUUACUGCCUGUGUCUUAAAGUUAAAAAAAGAAAAAAAAGAAAAAAAAAAGGUGCUGUUUAUAGUAGUUAAAACAAUGUCUGUUAGCUGUCUGUGUAAUACAUGACUAAAUUUCAAUAAUUCUGUGACCUCUGUUUCUGUGUUUUAACUCUUGCUAAAACCAACAGUAUUUGCCUUAGUGUCAACCUGUGUGUAGUGAUGCUUGCUCUUGAAUGGCAUCCAAUUUGUCUGGGUAAAGUUUCUCUCCAGCUAAAGAUGCAGUUUCCUGAAGUUCCAUUGAAUGCUAACUAACAAAAUGAAUUUCCAUUAAAUGCUAAAGAUGCAGUUUCCUGAAGUUCCAUUGAAUGCUAACUAACUAACUAACUAACUUGUAAAACCUACAGUUGCCUAGUGGUAAAAUAGUUGAAAACCUUGCUUUUGAUUCACAUAUGUGGGGAGGUGGAUGAGGAGCAGACAGCCCAAGGAAAGCUGAGCCAUCUGUAGGCAUUGGCAUUCCCCACUGCCCCACCUUUCUUCCAUGCUGUGGGAUUCUCACUCUGUUUUAUCCCAGUGAUUACACAGAAUGCUUUGUUGAUGCAUCCAAAUAUCUCUGCAGUAUAACACCUUGUUUGACUCUGUAUUACUCACACAAGAAGAAUAUAAUAUAAUUUUAAUUGAAUACUUAAUCAGCAGCUACUCCUCAUAAUUUAUGAUUUCUAUUUGCUCUUGAACAAAACUGCAGACUUGGAAAAUGCUACUGGGUUUUUUUUGUAUUCUACACAUGCAAUUAUAUAUUUUUUGAAAAGGAGUCAUUGUUUCCUGGUCAUUCCCUUUUGGCACUUGGGUUUAGUUUAUAGUUAGGCACAAUAAUUAGCAUAAUUUCAUAUAAAUAUAAUGAAAAAACAAUUCCACUGACUUACAUUGCCUCUCCAGAUUUGGUUUACUUCAGGGCCCAGUUUGGUUAGGGCUGUCAUUUUGUUUACAGUAUUCUGUGUUGCCAUUUGCUUGCUUUGUGUGUUGUUGAAAGAGUCUUGUCUGUAUUGCUAAUACUUUCUCAAAAUAUGUACAUUUUCAAACUUUGGAACUUUCUACAUGCUUGAAAUAAGUAAACCAACUUAUAAAUGAGUUUUAAUCUUUUUUUUAGCUUUCAUUUAGCAGAAGCAAUUGGACAAAGUGUUUAUCUAGUUUGGGGAUGGAGAGAAGGGAUGUUGGGCUGCCUGUGGUUAGUUGCUACAAUAUUGUUUGUCCUUCAUUGCAUCGCAUAACAAAUUACAGUAGUGUUGAGUUGUAUUUGUUGUUAAUCACUGAAUAUGUCAUGUGGAAGAAGUAAUUUAUCAUAACUCAGCAUCAGUUUGCUGAUACAUUUUCCAUUGGCCACUUGUUGAUACUAUAAAGAACACCAUUUUGUAAAGUCAAAGCUUUUACU